GCAUAGCUCACACACAGCCGAGCUAUCUACAUUUCUGCAGUCUUCCUCCUCUUUUUUGGACUGCUAUGGACGCCUCUGAAGCCGCAAAUGAGGCAGAGAGGCCACGGCAUAGACCUUUCUUGAUUGGGGUCAGUGGAGGAACAGCCAGCGGCAAGUCAACAGUUUGUGCCAAGAUCAUGGAGUUGCUGGGCCAAAACAAGGUGGACCACCGCCAAAGGAAGGUGGCUAUUGUGAGCCAGGACAGUUUCUACAGAGUUCUGACCCCAGAGCAGAAGGCAAAAGCUCUGAAGGGCCAGUACAACUUUGACCACCCAGAGGCAUUCGACAACAAGUUGAUGUACAAAACCUUGAAGGACAUCGUGGAGGGGAAGGUGGUUGAAGUGCCAACGUAUGACUUUGUCACCCAUUCCAGGCUUGAGGACAGGAUCACAGUUUACCCUGCUGACGUGGUUCUCUUUGAGGGGAUCCUCGUCUUCUACCCGCAGCAAGUGCGCGAUAUGUUUCACAUGAAGCUCUUUGUGGACACUGACUCAGAUGUCCGACUGUCUCGCAGAGUUUUGAGGGACAUGAACAGAGGGCGGGACCUAGAGCAGAUACUCACUCAGUAUACAACGUUUGUCAAACCUGCUUUUGAGGAAUUCUGUUUGCCUACUAAGAAGUAUGCAGAUGUCAUUAUUCCAAGGGGAGUUGAUAAUAUGGUUGCCAUCAACCUCAUUGUGCAGCACAUCCAAGACAUUCUGAACGGCGACCUCUGCAAAUGGCAGCGCGGGUCCAUGAACGGUCACGGGCGGAACUUGAAACGGGCCAUUUCUGAGCAGGGCGACCUGCAAAACGGAACUGCUAAUCCUUCAGGAAAGAGAGUCCUGCUAGAGCCGAGUAGUCGGCCUCACUGAGACUGUGCGGACGGUUGAGUCCAGACUGUGAAUAUGAGCUUUGAGUUGCUGCUGCUGCUGUUGCUGAUGAUAUGUGGAGAGAGAGGUUCAGCAACCGUGUUAUCAGUUUCUGCGGCUUUUUAAAAGAAAAAAGCUAUCAACAAUCCAGUGGUGAACGCAUUAAGUGCUGCAACCACUUCACGAUUUUCCUGUAAUUAUUGGUACAUAACAAAUAUCCUAAUAGAUUAUGCUUCUCACAUGUAAUAGUCUUCCAUCAUACAGUUUGAUUUUUCAGUGUGCACUGUGGUUAAGUAACCUGUUACUGAAAUGGAGGUGUGGAAGAGUUAUUUAAAUGUUUAGUUGAAGUCACGAUUUUUGCACUGUUAUUUUUACCUUUUGUUGCUUUAAUGGAAAUUAAUAUAUUGAAGUCAUAUUAAUAUGGAUCUGCUGCAAUUAUCAUAUUUCUUCCUCUGUUUCUGUUUUUCAUAAUUUAUUUAAAUCAGAAAUAGGCCGGAUGGCUGCAUAUUUUAGUAGUGUUUCACCUAGAUUGCUAAGGAGUGCUUCCUUUUGGUUAUUUAAAGCUGAAUUACAUGCCUUAACUUUUUAAAGUUCAUUUUUCCACUGACCAUUCUGUAAUAAUAAUAAAUGGGGAUUUUGUUUUAAAGUU